AUGCCUCCUCCAGCUGGACAGAGGUACAACAUCAGCGUCUUCCAAGUAAUGCCCAGAGCCAAUCGGGUCGUAGUUGAAACCAGCAGUGGUAUCGUUCCCGGCCCGAGAGCUAAUCACAAAAUCUAUAAUAUUGGUCGAGUUCCCAUAAUAGCAGAGGCCAAAUACGGCACUGCAGUCACGUGGAUCGGAGUGGUAGACAAAAAAACCGUCAAGCCUGGAGAGGUCGAAAUUCUGAGUUUCCAGAACCGGCCGUACUUCGUCACUGGAAUUCAACUGACGAACAACGACAGUUAUAGAGCGCUCGUUCACGUGGGACUCGAAGGAGACCGUUACCCUUGGUAUGACACCUUGGAGCCAAACUGGAAGCUCAACAUAGACAUCAACGAGCUAGCCAAAACCCUUGUGGUGUUCGGAGUUGGGUUCAUACCAGAUGCAGGCCCCUUCCUGGCCCUAGUGAUAGACUUCUUCUGGCCUGAAAAUUCGCCUAAUGUCUGGGACCAAAUGAAGGACAAAGUGUCCCACUUGGUAGACUCCAAAACGAAUGAGGUCAUCAGGGGAAUAUUGGGAGGAGACAUCAGGUACUUUAAGGAGAGAAUCAUAGCGCUGAAACGUGAUAUGGAGAGGGGCCAGGAUGUCUCGUCUCACUAUAUGAACAUUGCCGAGGACCUGAUAGGUUUUGAGGAAAAAUUCAUCUUCAACACGCAAGAUAACUCCAGGGCUGAUGAAAUAAACUAUGUGAUACUACCAAUGUUUUCUUCGUUAGUAACCCUCAAAUUAACGUUCUACCAGUUUGGAAUCAUCAAUCGAGAGAAAAUUGGGCUUUCCGCAGAACAUAUCGAGAGGCUGAAGGACUAUAUCUAUAGACUGGUCGACGGACCUGAUGGUGCUCUCAAGCAUGUUAACAGGGUGUACAACGAACGUUUGGAGCACGAGCUGAACACCUGCAAUCCAGAUCACGUCCACGACGCUCUGGUUACAGUGCGUACUUACUGUGGAAUGAAUGGUCUUGAGUACAUCCCUUAUUGGAAGCAAAUCAUGGAGCGACCUGAAUUCGUAGGCAAACCUUACAAUCUAGUUUUGACCUACUCCACCGGGUUCGGUAGACCUACUCCUAGUCAGGCCAGGCAACAAAUCGUUGAAAAGCUGCAUCCACCCCUCCAACCUAAGCUAACCGAUGGGAAAAGACAUGUAAUGACAGCAGUUGAUGUGUGGAUCUGGAGGGGCAAAGACGGAAACGGAACUCCUGUGAUAGGGGGGCUCAAGGUCUAUUUCGGAGAAGACGAGACUUACUCAAUGGGGCGUUGGUCCGGAAAUAGGCAGUGGAUCUACUUCAAGGGAGCGAAAUGCAUUCGACUGACUGUAUGGGGUGACAAAGGUUUGGACGCUUUGGAGUUUGCUUUCUCAGAUGGACGAGUCAUCAGUCACGGAACUAAAACGAGCAUUCAUAGGGACUUUGAGCUUGCGAAACACCAUAUUGCCGGAAUCUACGUUGGCGCUGACUUCGCCGAACUGGGUGGGCAAGCUGCUAACAUUUCGGUGUCAUUCCAAUUGACACAUGUUGACUAG